CGCGUGUAGUUCGUAUUCACAAACAGCAGCAGAAAUCAGCAGCUCAGUUUGAUUCGAUCCAAAGAUUACAAAAAGACAAAAAUUAAAACAAUAUGAAGCUGCGAUCAGCGUCGUCGACCCGACAAGGAAUCAGUCUUCAAAAUUUGAGCACACAGGACGUUCCUCCCAAUUCUGCCGAGAAUAACAACAGCGCCACGUCGAAAGCUUUACGGAACCCGUUGGUUCUUGACGUCGUAUUCGCCCAGUUGAACAACUCCGAUCUGAAAGCAGCACGACUCGUGUGUCGCGAGUGGGCCGACGUCGGGGCCAGUUUAUUGGGAAAGCGGGCAUUUCUCGACAUCAAUAAGAUUUUCCAGCUCAAAGGGACAACGUUACACUUGGCGACCCCUGUGCACGACAAGCUGACUCGAAGUCUCAUCAUCCGAGACAGAUUCCACCCCUCCGUCCCUGCCAAGAGGACGGAUGACGUCAUCACCCAAAUUUUUACUGAGCUCUCCUUCAACUUGUCGCAAGUCACGAGAGAAAUAAAAUUUUACACCACGCUGAAAAAACUCGCCAUCGCAUUCCUUGAUGGUUUGAGGACCCUGAAAGCUACGCAAAUUCAACAAAUUUCCCUCUACGUAUAUUCGACAAACUGGAAUGUGAACAAUGCUCAAAUUCAAGCCAUUGUAAAACUGCCAAUUCAAAAAAACUUGACCUCCCUGAAGUUUGAAAUUCCUUCAAAUAUUCGCAAAUGGGGACGCGGGGUUCACACGUUUCAACCCGUGCUCCAAGUCUGGAUCGAUUCUGCACCCAACUUGACCUCUUUGGAUGUCACGGCCUCCUUCUGUCCAAGUUUGGAGGGGUGCAAGAAUCUAAAAGUUUUGAAGUUUUGUUACGAAAAUUGUAAUCACAUGUCCUGCCGUAACUUCGACAUCGUGGAUUGCACCGUGACCACGAUGUUGACCCCCGUGAAGGAUUCCUUGACCGAGUUGGAAUUUAGCUUCGACGUUCGUAGAUCUGGCGAUCAAAUCCGGAAUAUCGACGUUCCCAUCAUGUCGAACCUGAUUUCUCUCACGGUCAAUCCGGGAUAUGUCUACAUCCAGGAAUUCUUUGAUGAGAAGCAUUUCCCAAAAUUGAGGAACCUCACCCUCCGAGACCAGUACUACGUAUUUGUGGAGUUAUCAACUCAUCUUAACUUUUGGAAGCAGUAUCGACGCGUUGAAUCUUUCGUGCUGCAGACAUCCGGGAACUACCGGAUUAACCUGCAAGAUGUGGAACGGAUUGUUCAUUUAUUCCCGGCCGUUAAGAAACUGGACGUGACGGUGAGCGUGAAUAGCAAUUUGGCCACUGCGGUGAUGAUACCGUUCCGGCGAUGGGAUUUAGAAGAAGCCAGGCUUGUCGUGCGGAAUGUGUGCGUCGCCACCGAGCUGGCUCGAGUCCUAAGAUAUGUGGCGAAUUGGAAGGGGGGGAAAAGGGUCAACUUCGAGAACACUUAUAUCAAACAGGACGCACUUUCUGCUUGCUGUCAAGACAUCAUUUUAUACAGUAGAGGACUGCAAUAGGUCGAAAUAUCGGGGAGAGUGAUCCCUCAAGUUCUGGACGUCGUGCGUCCCAUUUUCGAGGCCAGUGGUGCACCCGUUGAGUUGAAGGGAGGUGUGUAUCGUAAUCAUGGAAUAAUGCUUUUCUAGUAAAUUGAUAGUAUGUGAGAGGAGAAAGGUAUUUUUUAAUAAGAGUGGUUUUCAAUGUUAGACUGGUUUCCAUUAACAGAUUUUGUAUGUAGUUCGUUACGUUUUAAUCAACUUUGAACUUAUCACCGCAAUUAGUUUGAUAUAUAUUUAAUAAAGACUUGAACAAUGACAAA